AUGCAGGAAGGGCACUUGAGGCCAGUUACCGUCUCCCACGAGGAGACCUUCCUUCCAAAUAUGAGUCUUGAAUGUGAUGGGUUGGGAACAGAUGAUAGUCUGCGCUCAAGGGUUUUACAGAAGCAAGACUCUGGAGGAAAUGCGCUCCAUGAAUGUGAUUCACAGGGACCGAGUAAAGACGCGUUGGUUCAUGCAGGGAAGACCCUCUACAAAUGCGAAGAAUGCGGGAAAGUGUUUCACAAGAAUUAUGUACUUGUUCGACAUCAGCGGAUUCACACUGGGGUGAAGCCUUAUGAAUGCCAGGAGUGUGGGAAAGCCUUUCGGGAAAAGGUAGACUUGGGCCGGCACAUGAGGAUUCACACUGGGGAGAAGCCCUAUAAGUGUGUGGUGUGUGGGAAGCUCUUCAGCCGCAGGUCACACCUCACGUACCACCAGCGGAUCCACACUGGCAAGAAGCCCCAUGAGUGCAGAGAGUGUGGAAGGACCUUCAACUCCCACUCUGUUUUUGUCCAGCAUAGUCUGACCCACACCGGAGAAAAACCCAUUGAGUGCAAAGAAUGUGGAAAAGCUUUUCACUACAAGUCUUCCUUAACUCGACACAUGAGGAUUCACACGGGAGAGAAGCCCUACAAGUGCAGCGAAUGUGGAAAGACCUUCACCUACCACUCUGUUUUUUUCCGACAUGGGAUGACCCACAGUGCAGGAAAGCCCUAUGAGUGUAAAGAAUGUGGGAAAGGUUUUUACUACAGCUAUUCCCUCACUCGACACACAAGGAGGCACACUGGAGAGAAGCCCUAUGAGUGCAGGGAAUGUGGAAAGGCCUUUGCCUACCGAUCCGCUUUUGUUAAGCAUAAGAAGAUCCACACUAGAGGAAAAACCUUUCAGUGCAAAUAA